AUAAAAAGCCUCCGACUGGCUGAGCUCAGGCCAUAAUCAAUUUGAAGAUCGUGUAAGAUCGACGGAACGAAGAAAACUAUAUCGCGUGCGAGGAGAGGAUUUGCAUAAAUUGAGUCUGAGUGAUAAUGACCAGCUAUACUGACAAAGGAACCAAACCUGAAGCCGGCAAAUUUCUAAGCUUUGAUCACUUGACCUUCUACGUUGGCAACGCCAAGCAGGCGGCCAGCUACUAUACCACUCGUCUGGGCUUCGAACCACUUGGCUAUCAGGGACUAGAGACCGGGGAGCGACGCUUCGCCAAGCAUGCCGUGCGACAGAACAAGAUCGUCUUUGUGUUCGUCUCCGCCUACACGCCGGAUGACGAGGAGCAUGGACUCCACCUGAUGCGCCACGGCGACGGUGUCAAGGAUGUAGCCUUCGAAGUGGAGGAUUUGAAUGCCAUUUUUACGCUGGCCGUGUCCCGCGGAGCCGAAGUGGUCCGCGACAUCUGGGAGGAGAGCGAUGAUCAGGGAUUCGUGAGAUUCGCUACCAUCAAGACGUACGGCGACACCACCCACACUUUCGUGGAGCGCAAUGGUUACGCAGGAGAUUUCCUGCCUGGAUUCCAGCGGUCGCCCAAGGAUGUCCUUCUGAACGGAUUGCCCUCCACAAAGCUGAACUUCAUUGACCACGUGGUGGGCAACCAGCCGGAUCUGCAGAUGGAGAGCGUGGCCUCCUGGUACGAGAGGAUCCUGCAGUUCCACCGCUUCUGGUCGGUGGACGACUCGCAGAUUCACACGGAGUACUCCGCCCUGCGGUCGAUCGUUAUGGCAAACUACGAGGAGACGGUGAAGAUGCCGAUCAAUGAGCCAGCCAAUGGAAAAAAGAAGUCGCAGAUCCAGGAGUACGUGGAGUACUACGGCGGCGGUGGUGUCCAGCACAUUGCUCUCAACACGGAUGACAUUAUCGAGGCGGUGAGCAACCUGAAGGCUCGAGGAACCGAGUUCCUGACCAUCCCAUCCUCGUACUACGAGAUCCUUCAGGAGCAGCUCUCGCACAGCCGCACCAAGAUCAAGGAGGACAUGGAGGUCCUGAAGAAGUUGAACAUUUUGAUUGACUUCGACGAGAACGGAUAUCUGCUGCAGAUCUUCACGAAGAACUGCCAGGACAGACCGACCCUCUUCCUGGAAGUUAUCCAACGCUACAAUCACAAUGGAUUUGGCGCUGGCAACUUUAAGUCCUUGUUCACGGCCAUUGAAAUUGAACAAGCUAAGCGAGGAAACUUGUGAAUCAAUUGUGAAUCAAAUGUGAUCAAAUUGAGAUUUAACAAAAUCAAUAAUAAAUGAAAUGGUCUAAACUGAA